AUGGUUGAAUUCACCUAUUCCCCGCUGACUCACCCUGACGAGAUUAGAGUGUUAACUCUGCAUCCUGGCGUUGGCACCGACCAGCUCGAAGGGUCGAUCAAACACAUUCAACUUUCCACCGGCGAGCCUCAGUCGAUGCACUCGCAAGAUAAUCCUCAGCCACCCCCGGUCACUUCAAUGGGGGCUCCGAACUUGACACAGGCGCAAACUGCUAUUCAAGCGUUCGACUCGAUCCUAGGUUACGGCUACCUGCCGCAUAACGGCCUCGAGCCGUGGGACCCGGGACCAACAGCCGGGUCUUUCCCAGCUCCGGAGUCAACCCACCCAGAGGUCUGGAAUUGGGGGUUGGUUCAAAGACAAGCUAUGAGACUUAGAACCAAGGGUGGCGGACAGGUUAUGGAAGCGGGCACCGCCUUCGAGUUCAAAUGUAGCCGUCGGUCCUACGGCCAACAGGAGUAUGACGCGCUCUCGUAUACCUGGGGCGACCCGACGCCGGUGGAGAUACUUGUCGUCGGUGAUCAGUAUAUUGGCAUCGCAAGAAAUCUUUAUGACGCGCUGAUCCAACUCAGGUCCCCAACUAAAACCCGACGGCUGUGGAUAGAUGCGAUUUGCAUCGAGCAGGAUAACAUUAUGGAGAGGAACCACCAGGUUCAGAUGAUGAAGCGCGUCUUUUCUGAUGCCGCAUCUGUAAUCGUCUGGCUUGGUGACUUACCAAGCAAUGUGACCCCGACGCUCGAUAUGAUACUAGGUUUCAAUACUGGCACACAAAAGCCCAUUUUGAAGUAUAAGAAGGAGGCACUGGAAGGCCUAGCGAAUAUCUUCAGAAGGCCGUGGUGGAGGCGGAUGUGGAUCGUCCAAGAGGUUGUUGCAGCCAGAGAGCUGGUCAUCAUGCUUGGGCCGACAAUCUUUCCAUGGAAGUUUAUGAGGAACCUUUGUCAGGCUAUCCAGCUGGACGAGUUCCGAAAAGAUGACCAUGCGCCCAUUCUUCGAUCUUGUCGGUACCAGAAGUUCACAGCGCUCGACAACUUUCGACAGACCGCGGACAUGCCUCUGGUCUCUUUGCUGCGAUGCACUCGAGAUUACCAGGCGAGUGACCCUCGGGACAAGCUCUACGCACUCUUGGGUCUAGCCUCGGACAUUGGCCCUGAGGAUUUCUUUCCUGACUACUCCAAGCCGGCUCAAAGAGUGUGGGAGGACUUGGUCAAAUUUAUGGUGACUCGGCGCCAUAGCUUGGACAUUAUAUGUUCAGCGCAAUUCUUUGCUCCAGCACCGGGCAUUCCUGGUCUUCAGAGUUGGCUCCCUUCCUGGCAAACACCUUCCACUGCGCAUCUUUCGACUCUGGAACCAAUUGGCCAAUACGAUGGCAGUGCAGCGGGGGACACAGAGCCUGUGGUUGACCUGUCACAUUUCCCUCGCAUACUGAUGGCCGAGGGGAUAGUGGUUGACACAGUAGAACUAUACGGAGGCUCCAUCACUGUCGCCCACGAGUGUUUGUCGACGAUCCGGCGCUGGCGUUAUCUUGCCUCUCAGAGGAUGGACUCCCAAAACAUGGGGUGUUUCUGGAGGGUGAUCGUCGCCGAUAGGGACCACAUGGGCAACCGCGCUACCGACCGUUUUGGCCGCAACUUUGAGCCCUUCAUCGAAGGCUCCAACCAGGGCCUUUCGCGACGCACCCAGAACUUUUCCGACGCUGUGACGAGGGCUGUCAUGGGUCGGCGGUUCUUCAUCACCAGAAAGGGGAGGUUGGGGCUCGGGCCGCGUGAGAUUCGGAUCGGUGACAAGGUUGUCAUCCUAAAAGGCUGUUACAUGCCUCUAGUUCUGCGGGCUGACGGGGAAUUCCGCAUACUUGUCGGCGAGGCAUAUGUAUCGGGCAUCAUGAGGGGAGAGGCGUUCAUGGGGCCUGAGGUGGGGAGAUAUAAGGCCAGAAUGAUGAAGUUGAAGUGA